AUGGUCGGCAAGGACUGCGUCGCCAUCGCCUGCGACCUCCGCCUAGGCCUACAAGCCCUCACCGUCUCCAACAACUUCCCCAAGAUCUUCAACUACGCCCCCUCGACCUAUCUCGGCCUAACAGGGCUCGCCACGGACGUCUCCAGCGUCUCCGACCUACUCCGCUACAAAGUCAACAUGUACCGCCUGCGCGAAGAGCGGCAGAUCUCGCCGCAGACCCUGGCCAACCUGAUCAGCUCGAGUCUGUACGAGAAGCGCUUCGGGCCCUACUUCGUCAGUCCCGUGCUGGCGGGCAUAAAUAGCACGACGGGCAAGCCGUUCAUAUGCGGUUUUGACAGCAUUGGCUGCAUCGAUUUCGCGAAGGAUUUUAUCGUCAGCGGCACCGCGAGUGACCAGCUGUUCGGGACGUGUGAGGGGCUGUGGGAGCCGGAUCUCGGACCUGACGACCUGUUCGAGACCAUCUCGCAAGCCCUGCUUAAUGCCGUCGAUCGAGACGCCCUGUCAGGUUGGGGCGCUCACGUUUACAUCAUAGAAAAGGACAAAGUCACGAAGCGAUUGCUAAAGGGACGACAAGAUUAG